CAUCGUGCCUCAGUUGUUCCUAAACGCUGAUUCAGUGAAGUCGGGUAGGCGAUAAGUAUACGGUGCUGAAAGAAAAGUUUCAUAAGCCUUCCGGCGGAAUUCCCUCUAUUAGUAGAUCAAAACUCAUUUGUUUAACUAUAACAUUUUAUUUGAUCAACCAAAUAAAUGGUGUCUGAGGUUCGGCACUCUUUUGGUUCACAAUUCACGUUUAGUGCCACCGCAAAUGUUUUUAGAAAGAUAAGGCGUUGUUAAAAGCUUCGUUCGGUAUAUAAUGGCUAACUAAGGGGCAAAACGAUCAGUGUUAACACAAACGUUAUCAAAAACAGGCAACAAAGACGCGACCGCUCGCAAUGCUUUUUACAAUCGCCCUUUUGGGCGUGGUCCUGGCCUUGGCCUACAGUUUGCAUGUGAAAAUCUUCUCUUAUUGGAAGAGGAAAGGAGUUCCACACGAGAGGCCACUGCCGCUAGUUGGCAACAUGAAGGGUAUCGUGAAGAAGUACCACUUCCGCGAUAUCAACCAAAGAAUCUAUAAGAAGUUUAAGGGCAAGGCUCCCAUCGCCGGAAUGUACAUGUUCUUCAGGCGAACUGCCAUGAUCACCGAUCUGGAUUUCAUCAAGCAGGUGAUGAUCAAGGACUUCAGCUACUUCCAGGAUCGUAGUGCCUUCAACAAUCCCCGGGACGAUCCGCUCACAGGCCACCUGUUUGCACUGGAGGGCGAUGAGUGGCGCGCCAUGCGGCACAAGCUGUCUCCCGUUUUCACCUCCGGGAAGAUAAAGCAGAUGUCGAAGGUGAUCGUGGACGUGGGUCUUCGCCUGGGCGAUGCCAUGGAUAAGGCGGUGCAGGAGGCCCAAGUGGAGGACGGUAAUGUGGAGAUCAAGGACCUCUGUGCCCGGUUCACCACGGAUGUCAUUGGAUCGUGCGCCUUCGGGCUGGAGUGCAACAGUCUCCAGGAUCCCAGUGCCGAGUUCCGACAGAAGGGUCGUGAAAUAUUCACCAGGCGGCGUCAUUCCACGCUAGUGCAAGCGUUUAUCUUCACCAACGCCAGGUUGGCUAAAAAACUAAGAAUGAAAAUACUGCCCGAUGAUGUGACCGAGUUCUUCAUGGCGGCGGUGAAGAACACCGUUGACUAUCGCCUCAGGAACGGCAUAAAGCGCAACGACUUCAUCGAGCAAAUGAUAGAGCUCCGAGCGGAGGACCAGGAGGCGGCUAGGAAGGGUCAGGGCAUCGAUCUCUCCCACGGCUUGACCCUGGAGCAAAUGGCUGCCCAGGCCUUCGUCUUCUUCGUGGCUGGCUUCGAGACCUCCUCCAGCACCAUGUCCUUCUGCCUGUACGAGUUGGCCCUGCAGCCGGAGAUUCAGCGGCGGUUGAGGGAGGAGAUUGAAAGUGUGCUGGCCAGUGUGGAAGGAGGAGAGCUGAGCUACGACGUUCUGGCUGAAAUGAGCUACUUGGAUCAGGUGCUAUCAGAAACUCUUCGAAAGCAUCCCCUGCUUCCCCAUCUCAUUCGGGAGGCUAAUCGAGACUACAAAAUUCCCCACUCGGAUAUUGUGCUGGACAAGGGCGUCCUUGCCCUGAUUCCCGUUCACAAUAUUCACCACGAUCCUGAGAUAUAUCCCGAUCCGGAAAGGUUCGAUCCCAGUCGCUUUGAUCCGGAGGAAGUCAAGAACCGCCAUCCGAUGGCCUACUUGCCCUUUGGCGAUGGACCGCGGAACUGCAUUGGACUGCGGUUCGGAAAGAUUCAGGCCAAGAUCGGGCUCGUGUCGCUGCUCCGGCGUUUCAAAUUCUCCGUAUCAAGUCGCACCGAAGUUCCUUUGAUAUUUUCCAAGAAAUCUUUUCUGUUGGGCACCGAGAACGGCAUUUACCUGAAAGUUGAAAGUAUUUGAAAUUAUCUGCAAUGUAUAAAGUAGAAAAUAAUAAGCGCCAAGUACACCGAACAUUA